AUGGCGACUUCUCCAAACACUCCGAAUUAUUAUUGUUUAAGAAAAGGUGUUGAAGUCGAGAUAAUAUCUCCAGGAGACGGGAGAACAUUUAAGAAAAAGAGACAGACAUGUAUUGUCGACCGUAUAGGAAUGCUCCAAAAUGAAAAGAAGUUUGACUCUUCCAGAGAUGUAAAAAAGAAUCUAUUGAAGUUCAAAAUUGGCAAGCAGGAAAUAAUUAAAUGCUGGGAAGAAGCUAGUUUCGGCCAAAGGAUAAAACUGACCUACACGCGUGACGUGACAUACGAUGCACAAGGACAUCCUAGAGUCAUCCAAGACAAUGUUACUGUUAUCUUUGAUGCAGAGCUGCUGAAGUUGGAAUAACAAAGUGCUUAAUUGAUAUUUAAUUGCAAGGAAUA